GGUAGUGUUGGUAGUGGUGGGAGAGCUGUCGGCCAUGGAGCCCAGUGAUAGUACCAGUACCACUACCAGUAUGGAGGAGCCUGACAGCCUGGAGGUGCUGGUGAAGACCUUGGACUCUCAGACUCGGACCUUUAUUGUGGGGGCCCAGAUGAAUGUAAAGGAGUUUAAAGAGCACAUUGCUGCCUCUGUCAGCAUUCCCUCUGAGAAACAACGGCUCAUUUACCAGGGACGAGUUCUGCAGGAUGAUAAGAAGCUCCAGGAAUACAAUGUUGGGGGAAAGGUUAUUCACCUGGUGGAACGGGCUCCUCCUCAGACUCAGCUCCCUUCUGGGGCAUCUUCUGGGAUAGGGUCUGCCUCAGCCACCCAUGGUGGAGGACCCCCACCUGGUACUCGGGGGCCUGGGACCUCUGUUCAUGACCGGAAUGCCAACAGCUAUGUCAUGGUUGGAACCUUCAACCUUCCUAGUGACGGCUCUGCUGUGGAUGUUCACAUCAACAUGGAACAGGCCCCGAUUCAGAGUGAGCCCCGAGUCCGGCUGGUGAUGGCUCAGCACAUGAUCAGGGAUAUACAGACCUUACUAUCCCGGAUGGAGUGUCGAGGGGGACCCCAAGCACAGCACAGUCAGCCGCCCCCACAGACGCCGACUGUGGCCCCGGAGCCUGCAGCCUUGAGCUCUCCGACAUCAGAAGCAGUCGAAAGCGAAGUGCCGCCUCGGGAGCCCAUGGAGGCGGAAGAAGUGGAGGAGCGUGCCCCAGCCCAGAGCCCAGAACUCACCCCUUCUGGCCCAGCCCCUGUGGGCCCGGCACCUGCCCCAGAGACAAAUGCACCCAACCAUCCUUCCCCUGCGGAGUAUGUUGAAGUGCUCCAGGAGCUCCAGCGGCUGGAGAGCCGCCUUCAGCCCUUUCUGCAGCGCUACUACGAGGUUCUGGGCACCGCUGCCACCACGGACUACAACAACAACCAAGAGGGCCGCGAAGAGGACCAGCGCUUGAUCAACUUGGUGGGGGAGAGCCUGCGGCUGCUGGGCAACACCUUUGUGGCCCUGUCUGACCUGCGCUGCAAUCUGGCCUGUGCGCCCCCGCGACACCUGCACGUGGUCCGGCCCAUGUCUCACUACACCACCCCCAUGGUGCUUCAGCAGGCAGCCAUCCCCAUCCAGAUCAACGUGGGCACCACUGUGACCAUGACGGGGAACGGGACUCGGCCCCCCCCGGCUGCUAAUGCGGAGGCAGCUCCCCCUGGUCCUGGGCAGGCCUCGUCCCUGGCUCCCACUUCUGCCACGGUUGAGUCCUCCACCGAGGGGGUUCCCCCGCCAGGGCCAGCUCCCCCCCCAACCACCAGCCACCCGAGGGUCAUCCGGAUUUCCCACCAGAGCGUGGAACCUGUGGUCAUGAUGCACAUGAACAUCCAAGAUUCUGGCACACAGCCCGGUGGAGUUCCGAGUGCUCCCACUGGCCCCCUAGGACCCCCUGGUCAUGGCCAGACCCUGGGACAGCAAGUGCCAGGCUUCCCGACAGCUCCGACUCGGGUGGUGAUCGCCCGGCCCACCCCUCCACAGGCUCGGCCUUCCCAUCCUGGGGGGCCUCCUGUCUCGGGUACUCUACAGGGCGCCGGGCUGGGCACCAAUGCCUCUUUGGCCCAGAUGGUGAGCGGCCUUGUGGGGCAGCUUCUGAUGCAGCCCGUUCUGGUGGCUCAGGGGACCCCAGGAAUGGCUCCACCUCCGGCCCCUGCCACUGCUUCAGCCAGUGCCGGCACCACCAACACAGCUACCACAGCUGGCCCCGCUCCCGGGGGGCCCGCCCAGCCUCCACCCCCUCAGCCCUCUGCGGCCGACCUGCAGUUCUCUCAGCUCCUGGGGAACCUGCUGGGGCCGGCAGGGCCCGGGGCUGGAGGGCCUGGCAUGGCUUCUCCCACCAUCACCGUGGCGAUGCCUGGUGUCCCCGCCUUUCUGCAGGGCAUGACUGACUUUCUGCAGGCAACACAGACGGCACCUCCGCCCCCUCCCCCCCCGCCCCCGCCCCCGGCCCCUGAGCAGCAGACCAUGCCCCCACCGGGGUCCCCUUCUGGUGGCGCAGGGAGUCCUGGAGGCCUGGGUCUUGAGAGCCUUUCACCGGAGUUUUUUACCUCCGUGGUGCAGGGUGUGCUGAACUCCCUGCUGGGCUCCCUGGGGGCUCGGGCUGGCAGCAGCGAGAGUAUCGCCGCUUUCAUACAGCGCCUCAGUGGAUCCAGCAACAUCUUCGAGCCUGGAGCUGAUGGGGCCCUUGGAUUCUUUGGGGCUCUGCUCUCUCUUCUGUGCCAGAACUUUUCCAUGGUGGACGUGGUGAUGCUCCUUCACGGCCAUUUCCAGCCACUGCAACGGCUCCAGCCCCAGCUGCGAUCCUUUUUCCACCAGCACUACCUGGGCGGCCAAGAGCCCACACCUGGUAACAUACGGACGGCAACGCACACAUUGAUCACGGGGCUGGAAGAAUAUGUGCGCGAGAGUUUUUCUUUGGUGCAGGUUCAGCCUGGCGUGGACAUCAUCCGGACGAACCUGGAAUUUCUCCAAGAGCAGUUCAACAGCAUUGCUGCGCAUGUGCUGCACUGCACAGACAGUGGAUUUGGGGCCCGUUUGUUGGAGUUGUGUAACCAGGGCCUGUUUGAAUGCCUGGCCCUCAACCUGCACUGCUUGGGGGGACAGCAGAUGGAACUUGCCGCAGUCAUCAAUGGCCGAAUUCGUCGCAUGUCUCGUGGGGUGAACCCAUCCUUGGUGAGCUGGCUGACCACUAUGAUGGGACUGAGGCUUCAGGUGGUUCUGGAGCACAUGCCCGUGGGCCCUGAUGCCAUCCUCAGAUACGUUCGCAGGGUCGGUGAUCCCCCCCAGCCGCUUCCUGAGGAGCCAAUGGAAGUUCAGGGAUCAGAGAGAACUUCCCCUGAGCCUCAGCGGGAGAAUGCUUCCCCGGCCCCGGGCACGACGGCAGAAGAGGCCAUGUCCCGAGGGCCACCUCCUCCCGAGGGCGGCGGCUCCCGUGAAGAGCAGGAUGGAGCUUCGGCUGAGACAGAGCCUUGGGCAGCUGCAGUCCCCCCAGAGUGGGUCCCGAUUAUCCAGCAGGAUAUUCAGAGCCAGCGGAAGGUGAAGCCGCAGCCCCCCCUGAGCGAUGCCUACCUCAGUGGUAUGCCCGCCAAGAGACGUAAGACGAUGCAGGGUGAGGGCCCCCAGCUGCUGCUCUCAGAGGCCGUGAGCCGGGCAGCUAAGGCAGCCGGAGCUCGGCCCCUGACGAGCCCCGAGAGCCUGAGCCGGGACCUGGAGGCACCAGAGGUUCAGGAGAGCUACAGGCAGCAGCUCCGGGCUGAUAUACAAAAACGACUGCAGGAAGACCCCAACUACAGCCCCCAGCGCUUCCCUAAUGCCCACCGGGCCUUUGCUGACGAUCCCUAGCUCUUUGCUCUAUGGCCCUCCCUCAACAGGGGACCAUUUCCCCCAUCUUCCUUCACGGUAUUUAAGAAAUAAAAGUCAGAUUUUCCUGGCUC